CCUUGGGCCUUUUUCUUUUCACCUCCAACCCUUUCACAGUCACAACAACGAUCCCUCUCUUCAUCCUUCUAUGCACGUCCAUUCAUCUUCCUUCAACAGCCCCUUCAUCUUCUUCUUCUCAUUCCUCUGCUAAUCCACCAUGUUCCUCACCCUUUUCUCUCUCUAAUCAUGCCUCUCUCAGAUCCAUUAGUUUGAAUUGUUGCGAAGGAAACAUUACGACCAUGCAGAUUCAUUACCGAUGGUUUGAUUCUGAGGCUAAAAUACGGUUGUUAUCUAAUUGUAUAUCCAGUCCCUAUUGCAAUCAGUAAGCCACUUACAAGGUGUUAUCAGCUUGCUGACCCUGGGGAUUUUGGUCCGAGUGAAUAGAUAACUUGGUCUCAAGUUUGCAAGAUGCCAUAUUAUAUACAGAGACUUUAUAGGCUAUGCAAUGCAUCCUUUUCAUCUGAUGGACCUGUGUCGGAAGAGGUCAUUGAGAAAGUUCGUGAGAAGUUAGAGAGAAUCAAGCCGUCAGAUGUAGGUCUUGAACAAGAAGCACAAUUAGUUCGGAAUUGGCCUGGUCCAGCACUUGAACGUAAUGGGAGCCAUCAAUCCUUGCCACCUAUAAAAUAUUUGCAUUUUCAUGAAUGUGACUCCUUCUCUAUAGGAAUUUUUUGCAUGCCCCCCUCGUCUAUCAUUCCUCUCCAUAAUCAUCCUGGAAUGACAGUGUUGAGCAAGUUGUUGUAUGGCUCAAUGCAUGUUAAAUCCUAUGAUUGGAUCGAUGCAUCUGGCUCUCUUGAUCAAUCUGAAGUUCGACCUGCAAAGCUUGUGAAAGAUACUGAUAUGACAGCACCAAGCCCCACAACAGUUCUUUACCCCACCAGUGGAGGAAACAUCCAUUGUUUUAGAGCUAUAACUCCUUGUGCUAUCUUUGACAUAUUGUCUCCUCCUUACUCUUCAGAGCAUGGAAGACACUGCACCUACUUCCGGCGAUCCCAACGGAGAGAUCUCCCAGUUAAUGUUGAGUUGGAUGGAGUGACGGUUUCUGAAGUGACUUGGUUAGAAGAGUUUCAACCUCCUGAUGACUUUGUGAUCCGGAGAGGACUGUACAGGGGUCCAGUUAUUAGAACUUGAAAAAUUUUCUUCUUUGAUGUGUCUUACACAAAAAGGAAAUUGGCUUAUCUUUAGAAUACAACAAAGGGAACAGUGGAAUGUGCAAUAAUUAUUAUAUUCUUUGUCUA